GACGUUUGCAAAAACAACCUGAAAAUAAGUUGUCGACCUUUGAGUCUGGCUAGCUAGAGCACGAGGAGGCAGCUCCUCGGCGCGGGGUAGCAAUUGGCUGCGCGUCCACUCACUUCGACUCCCCUUCUCUCUCUGUCUAUUCAUUUCCUAUCACGCGUUCUGUAAAAUUGCCUACACACAUACGGUGGCGUCAGCAAUCAUUGGCAAUUUUGAAGAUUAACGAGGUUAUCCUACAUUCGACCGUCAGGGAGAGAGCGGACCAGAGAGCACAGACUGCUGCACCGACCUGCCUGCGUGUCGAGGUGGAUAGGAAGCUUGGCUCUGGCUCGCAGCUUUGUUGGACUGGAUCGAAUUGGACACAGUGAAGAGCAGUAGGACUAUAGAGAGACAGGGGGGAAAUAUGACCGAUAAACGGAUGUCGCGGUGGUAUUUCGGGGGGCUCGCUUCCUGCGGGGCUGCCUGCUGCACCCAUCCUUUGGACCUCAUCAAGGUCCACCUGCAGACCCAGCAGAAGGGUAAGAUGGGGAUGGUGAGCAUGGCCAUGCAGGUAGUGAAGAACGAUGGAGCUCUGGCUCUGUACAACGGACUCAGCGCAUCACUCUGCAGACAGAUGUCCUAUUCUCUAACUAGGUUUGCUAUCUAUGAGACAGUCAGAGACAUGUUGAGCAGCAGUAACCAGGGCCCCAUGCCUUUCUACCAGAAGGUGCUGCUGGGGGCCUUCGGAGGUUUUACUGGUGGGUUCAUCGGCACUCCUGCAGACAUGGUGAACGUCAGGAUGCAGAAUGAUGUUAAACUACCUCCAGAGCUGAGGAGGAACUACAAACAUGCUGUGGACGGUCUCUUCAGGGUCUUCAGAGAAGAGGGGGUGAGGAAGUUGUUCUCAGGAGCCACCAUGGCCUCCAGCAGAGGAGCUCUGGUCACUGUGGGACAGUUGGCAUGUUAUGACCAGGCUAAACAGCUGGUGCUGUCUUCAGGCUUCAUGGGAGAUAACAUCCUCACACACUUCCUGUCCAGCUUCAUCGCUGGAGGCUGUGCUACGUUCCUGUGUCAGCCUCUAGAUGUGAUGAAGACCAGGUUGAUGAACUCUAAAGGAGAAUACUCAGGUGUGAUACACUGUCUAAGAGUGACUGCUAAAGAGGGACCCAUGGCCUUCUACAAGGGUCUUGUUCCUGCAGGGAUCCGUCUGAUCCCUCACACGGUGCUCACCUUCAUCUUCCUAGAGCAGCUCAAGAACAACUUCGGCAUCAUCGUCAUCUCCUGAGCACGCUCCGUGACCUACGACCUUUACCCUCUAACCCCCCGUCCCCUGCCAAGGUCAACCAAUCCCCUGUCACUGCCAUGGUGCCACAACCCCCAUUGUCCUGCGCUGUCCAAUCACACAGAGAGGUGGAUGUAGUGAUGGACUGUCCACUCUGCUAUC